GCCGCGGCGGUAUUUAACAGAGAGCCGAGGAGAGCACCGGACAGAGACGGAGCGGAGAGAUUUCAGCACCAGCGCGACUGGACAGCGACACGUAGCCUUCCACACACACACUUAACAAACUUUCUAACACAACAUCAUGGUUCUCAUCUGGACCCAGUUCGGUGUGAAGCACAAAAAUGUCAAUGUCAAGUGCAAAGUGCGAGUUAUGCACCGGGGAGACAGCUCCGGCUCAUCAUCAUCAGCGGAGAGCACCAGGUCCGAGCAGGACACGCCCUGCCUGUCCAUCAAACCGACGGGCAAGGACUUCUACAAAGUCCUGGAUGUCUCCCCUGAAUCCAACGAGGACGAGAUCAAGAAGGCCUACAGGAAGCUGGCCCUCAAGUUCCACCCGGACAAGAACAGCGACGCAGACGCCGAGGACAGGUUCAAGGAGAUCGCAGAAGCCUACGAGAUCCUGACCGACCCCAAGAAGAGAAGCAUAUAUGACCAGUUUGGAGAAGAAGGCCUGAAAAAUGGAAUGUCGAUGGCAGGCCAAGGCGUGUUCCGCAACAACUUCCACAGCGACCCCCACGCCACCUUCUCCUCCUUCUUCCACAGCUCCGACCACUUCGACAUCUUCUUCGGCAACGACCUUGACGGCGAAGAUGACCUCUUCAACCCUUUCAGGCGGUUCACCUUCAGCCACGUGGGGGGCUACGAGGGCGGGCUUAGGAGGGGCCAACGGCGCCUGCAGGGCGAGGCGGUGGUGCAUGACCUGCUGGUUUCCCUCGAGGACGUGAUGCACGGCUGCACCAAGCACGUCAAGAUCACCCGCAGCCGGCUCAACCCCGACGGCCGCAGCCUGCGAUCCGAAGACAAGGUGCUAAAUGUGGUGGUGAAGAAGGGCUGGAAAGCGGGGACCAAGAUCACCUUCCCCAGGGAGGGAGAUGAGACGCCCAACAACACCCCUGCCGACAUCACCUUCAUUCUCAGGGACCAGGAGCACCCUCAGUACAAGAGAGAGGGCUCCAACAUCGUCUACACGGCCAAGAUCACCCUCAAAGAGGCUCUCUGCGGCUGCACAGUCAACGUCCCCACGCUUGACAACCGGAUGAUGCCUCUGCCGUGCAGCGACGUUAUCAAACCCGGCGCCCUCCGGCGGCUCAGGGGCGAGGGCCUGCCCCUGCCCAAGAGCCCGUCCCAGCGGGGCGACCUGGUGGUGGAGUUCCAGGUGCUCUUCCCCGACAGGAUCCCACCACAGUCCCGCGAGAUCAUCAAGCACAGCCUGGCUCAGUGCUAGCCUGCUUUACUAUUUAAAAAAAAAAAAAAUCAGUCACAGGAUUGAAUGCAGCUUCACCAUGUGUGUAGUAUGUUAUCAAUUCACAAACACAGCCUUGCCCAAGGUGCUAAUUUAUCACAACCAAUCACAACCUCCUAUUGUGUUUGGGAAAUGGCAAGCAGCGCUGAAGUGAGUUGUAGUUCAGACAGGACUUUGUGAGGAGAUGACUUUCUGCAGGUAUCAGGCAUGAUGCACAACAACUAUGAUGCCACAUGAGCAGUGAGUUUAGAACUGAAGAAUGGGGUCUUUGGUAUCUGAGGGCAUCCAUUGACUCUAUAGCCUUUCUCUUGAAUGAAAAGAUUAUCUGUACUGUUAUACUUGCAAACCUAUAGCAGGAUAUCAGUGUGCUAUUCAAGUCUGUAUAGACUUCCUUAAACCUGAAUGGUAGAAAUGUGAAGAAAAAAAAACAUCUUUAUUAUAGUUAUAUGGUGUUCAUAUGACUGAUCUUUUUGCAUUGAUUUAUUACAAUAGCAAAUGUACUUGUGUGCAAAGAUCUACUUUGUGUACAAAAUGCAAAAACAUUGUCUCUAAGAGAGAUUCAUCUGUCAAUGUUCUAUUGAAUUAUUUGAAAUGUUUGUACAUAUUCUGCAAUGAGCCAGCUGUUGAUGUAUUACUACCUGAUAUAGACAUAUUUGGAAGCAUGAAAAAUAAAUAAAAAUGAAAAGUUGA